AUGGAUCCCGACCGAGCUGUAGCAGAUAAUGUAGAAAGCAAUGCACCGGCUCCCGCGCAAGGGACUGCGCCUGAGGAAAGUAGACAUGGAACUGAAACACAUAGUCAGGAUGAGGCUCGAGAAGCCUUCCUUCAUAUGAUGAAUAAUUGGUACACAGAGUUUAUUCGAGCAAAUCCGAAUGUUCAACCUCCUCCACUCCGUCCUAUUCCUCAAUCGAUUCCUGUAGCUUCACAAGAAUAUGAAAGAGAGUUUGUUAGACUUAGUAAAUAUGCUCAAGAGUGUGUUCCCACAGAAGCUAUUAUGUGUAAAAGGUUUGAAGACGGGUUAAAUGAAGAUAUCAGAAUAUUUGUUGGGAUGUUGGAACUGAAAGAAUUUUUAGUACUGGUUGAUCGAGCUUGCAAGGCAGAAGAAUUGAAUAAAGAAAAGAGAAAAGCUGUGAUUGAGGCUUGGGAUGCAAGAAAAAGACCAAUGAGUAAGUCAUUCCAAACUCAGUCAAAGAAGUUCAAAGACGUGAAUUCUCGAUCGACUGCUUCAACUGGUAUUCUUACCGAGAUCUGUGGUUCUCGACAACACUACAUUAAAGAUUGCCCUGAGAAAGUUGAAGAAGAAAAAUUUCAGAAUGUUAGAUCGGGUGAUACUGUUAGCAGAGGUAGACCACUGAGAAAAACUGGAAACAGAGCUAGCAGUAAAAGUGAAAUGAAAGAUACAGUUGUGAGACCAAAAACUAGAACACCUGCUAGAGCUUAUGCUAUACGUACUCGAGAAGAUGCAUCAUCUCCCAAUGUGAUUACUGCAAAUUUGAUGUUGUUACCAUUUGAUGAGUUUGAUCUUAUUUUAGGGAUGGAUUGGUUGACUUUGCAUGAUGUCAAGAAAUAUUUGAGAAAAGGGUGUGAAGCUUAUCUUGCUUAUGUGUUAAGCACUGAGAUGACUGAGUCGAAGCUUGAAUCAGUACCAGUAGUCUGUGAAUUUUCGGAUGUGUUUCCAGAGGAAUUGCCUCGAUUACCUCCAAUUAGAGAAGUUGAGUUUGCUAUUGAUUUGUUACUUGGGACUGCACCGAUCUCUAUUACUCCGUAUAGAAUGGUCCCAACCUAA